UGCUGCUACAGCUGUGUGUUUGGAAGGGCAGAGGUAAUAGAUGGAAGACUUAAUUUAUGAGGACUCUUCUUUUAAAAACCAGCUCUUCUGAGCAAAGUGACCUCAGCUCUGCUUCUAAUUUGGGAAGCCAGCAAUGCGGUGGAGAGGAGAUGCUGAUCAAGGUGGUGAAGGCUCAGUGAGAUGCCAGCAGAAGAUAAAAACACAGGUUGGGUUGGUGGAGUUUUAACUACAAGUGAGGUUGUCAGGCCUCAGGUGUAAAACUGUGAGUGCUCUCCCAAACUUAUAUGUAUUGAAUAUAUACCUGGGAGGUGUGUAUCUAUAUAUAUGUUUUUUAAAGCUCCAGUGUUCGUACAGCGUACCAGGGAGAUAACCAGCUUCCUUACCUGCCUCCAAGCCACACAGUGGUUUGCUGGCAGAGUGAGCAACAGCUCAGCCAGCCCUUACAGGCGUGGUGCAAGUCUCAUGUGCUGUUCUGCAAGCCAUUCUCAUCAAACUUCAUUUUCAGAAACCCUGUAUUUCAAAGUUUUAUGAUCCAUGGAAUGUGUGCAUGAGACCACCUUGGGGUUUAUGCCCUCCUUUUGGAAAAAAACACACCUUUAGAAAGCCAGCUGAAGCUGCAGUUGUUUUCUGGCACGUCAGUGUACGGUAAAUCCAUGUAGGUCAGGUUACAAUACAAGGUAAUAGAGUGGCUCUUCUUCUGUCACCACUUUGCCUGCUCUUUUUCCAGCAGAGAAAAAACACAUAUCGACCUUCUCCCGCAAACCCGUGUUCCGAGCCAGCAAUAAAGUAGGAAAAUGUUUUUCCCCAAAAUCUAAUUUGAAACAUGAUGACUGGACCAUUCUUAAACAGCUUUCAACUUAACAAUAAAGAAACUUCACAGAGUGCUUGGCAGGAGCCUCUGUACAUAAUUUAGAUCAUAAUCAGAUGCAUUAACACAUUUUAUAUGGAUCUCAUGGGGGCCAAGAAGACGAGGUGUGCUGGGUAAUUUCUUUCCAGAUUUCUUUACCUGAUUGUUUAUUACUCUAGGGGACUUCAUUUGUGGUCCAAAUGUCACCAGCAGAAUCCUGCUGCUUCAUGUGCCUGCAUUUAGAGUAGCUACUAGCAAGGCUUCAAAUAACCUAAUUGGCGUGUUAUCGUCAGUCUUUCCAGCUGUUUGUGUCAAAGGGAGGAUGGAGAGUACGUGGGGAGGGAGAGAGGCGAGAGGAACAAAAGCAAGGACCCAAUUCUGCAAAAUGCUGAGCUUCCCCUGUGCCUGCAGCUCAGCGGGAGGGAAGGUGCUGAGAGUGCUCGAUGAGUAGCAUGUUCCCCACUGAGUACAAUCAUGAGCUCUGCUACUAGAGAACUGCACAGGAGAAGAACUCCCUCCCCACCUUUUCGUUUUAGCUGUUAAACAUAAGCAGCCCUAAUUUUAUAAAGCUUCUGAAAGCUUUGCGGCACUGUGUGCAAAGAAGCUAUCAUGUAUCCUUCGCAUCGCAUCAUUGUUUUGCCAUGGAUCUUCCCAUGCCAAAAGCAUCCUUGUCAUGAAGACUCCUUUACAGAAAAUUCUGUUGCUGGCUUGAUAAAUGAUGUUUUGGAUUUCUUUCUGCUCUGCUGGUUUGUAUUAUCCUCUCAAAAAAGGUGGGAAGUGAAGUUCCUUGUUACUUCAAUGCCUCCUUUUAGACAUACUGAAGCAAUAACCCUUCCCAUGUGUUUCGUGGGUAUUUAUUUCUUAGGGAGCCUGGUCAGUGACGUGCAAGGGGAUGCUUCUGGGCACUGGGAUUCACUUGCCCGGGGUGUAACCCACAUGACAGUGGCCUCAGCCUGUUACCAUUGACCCACACGGUCCCUGACUGUGGGACAGACGUCUGCACAACCAGGAAGCAAACCCACAAUGCAAGUCAUCGUGGCCAUGGUGUUCAUGAAGGAAUGGCAGAGCAUCAGCUGCACAGCAGAGAUGAGAGAGACUGACAUUCGUACGAGUCUCUUCUGGCUCCUUCUCCACAAUGGCUGGUGCCUCUCCAUAUUCAUUGGAUGGUAAUGCAGGAUGUCAAGAGCAGCAGUGGAGUUUGGCUUGAUCCCAUUGUGUUUUUCUUCUGCCGGUUGAGACUUUGAAUCACCAUGACAACGCUGUGACACUUCCAGCAAAGGUUACCCGCAGACCAAGGGUGGGCUGGGGGUGGGUGAGAAGGUCAAUGAUCAAGUCUAACAGGAUCAAAAGUUGUGCCUGCAGCAAAACAACUGUAGAAAAGCUGCCAGCACGACAAGAAGAUGGAAUUCCCCUUCUAUUGGCUUCUCGUUAAGCAGGCACAAUAACAUCUUUCUCUGAGAGACUCGCUAUAAAAACUGUUUUGGUUAUGGCUACUGAUCCAACGUGAUUGGGCGCGCAGCGACUUUUGAACUCAUGACUGGAUAUACGAUGUUGCGGAAUGGGGGAGUGGGGAACGGAGGCCAGCCGUGGAUGUUGAGAUGGUCCAGUCGGAUCCGGCUCACAUGGCUUAGUUUCACCCUCUUCAUUAUCCUCGUCUUCUUUCCCCUCAUUGCCCACUACUACCUAACCACCAUCGAUGAUGCGGACGAUGCCGGCAAGCGCAUCUUUGGCCCUCGGACUGGCAACGAGCUGUGCGAGGUAAAGCAUGUUCAAGACCUGUGCCGCAUCCGCGAGUCGGUCAGUGAGGAGCUGCUCCAGCUGGAGGCGAAGCGGCAGGAGCUCAACAGCGAGAUCGCCAAGCUCAACUUGAAGAUCGAGGCCUGCAAAAAGAGCAUUGAAAAUGCCAAGCAGGACCUGCUGCAGCUGAAGAACGUCAUUAGCCAGACCGAGCAUUCCUACAAAGAGCUGAUGGCUCAGAACCAGCCCAAGCUCUCUUUGCCCAUCCGACUGCUGCCAGACAAAGAUGAUGUGACCUUCCCCCUGCCAAAAUCCAACCGGAACUGCAGGCUGCACAACUGCUUUGACUACUCACGUUGCCCGUUGACAUCUGGCUUUCCAGUCUAUGUCUACAACAGUGACGAUUACCCUUUUGGUAGCUCCUUAGACCCUUUAAUUAAACAAGCCUUUGAGGCAACUGUCAGAACUAAUGUUUAUGUUACUGAAAAUGCAAAUAUUGCUUGUGUGUAUAUAAUUUUAGUGGGGGAAAUGCAAGAGCCCGUAAUGCCAAAACCUACUGAACUAGAGCAACAGUUGCACUCUUUGCCGUAUUGGAGGACUGAUGGACAUAACCAUCUCAUCAUCAGUUUAUCAAGGAAAUCGGAAACUCAGAACUUCAUUUACAACAUCAGCACAGGGCGCGCCAUGAUUGCCCAGUCCACCUUUUACGAUGUGCAGUAUCGACCAGGGUUUGAUAUUGUGGUAUCACCUCUGGUCCACGCUAUGUCUGAACCCAAUUUCCUAGAAAUCCCACCCCAGGUGCCGGUCAAGCGUAAAUACCUGUUUAGUUUCCAGGGGGAGAAGAUCGAGUCUCUCAGAUCUAGCUUGCAAGAGGUCCGUUCUUUCGAAGAGGAAAUAGAAGGCAAUGCCCCAGCUGACUACGACGAUCGGAUCAUUACUACCCUGAAGGCUGUUCAGGACAGCAAGUUGGACUUUGUUUUGGUGGAGUUCACAUGUAAGAACCAGCCUAAGGUGAGUCUGCCCACUGAGUGGGCUCUGUGUGGAGAAAGGGAUGACAGACUAGAGCUACUGAAGCUAUCUACUUUUGCACUGAUAAUCACCCCAGGGGACACCCGUUUAGUGAUCUCCGCAGGGUGUGCCAUGAGACUGUUUGAGGCUCUGGAAGUUGGAGCCAUCCCGGUGGUUCUCGGAGAGCAAGUUCAGCUACCCUAUAAUGAUGUGAUCCGGUGGAACGAGGCAGCCUUAAUUAUACCAAAGCCACGUAUCACAGAAGUGCACUUUCUUCUGAGAAGCAUUUCUGACAAUGAUCUCCUUGCCAUGAGGAGGCAGGGCCGCUUCUUGUGGGAGACCUACUUCUCCACCUCUGACAAUGUGUUCAGCACAGUCUUAGCUAUCAUAAGGACUCGAAUCCAAAUCCCGGCUGCUCCUAUCCGAGAAGAAACUGCUGUGGAGAUUCCCCACCGGUCUGGCAAAGCUGCUGGUACAGACCCCAAUAUGGCAGACAAUGGUGACCUGGACUUGGGGCCUGUGGAAACAGAACCACCCUAUGCAUCUCCUAAAUAUCUCCGCAAUUUCACCCUCACUGCAAUGGACAUCUACAGGAAUUGGAAUUCUGCUCCGGGGCCUUUCCACCUUUUCCCCUACACUCCCUUUGACCCUGUUUUACCAUCAGAAGCAAAAUUUUUGGGGUCUGGGACUGGAUUUCGACCAAUUGGUGGAGGUGCAGGUGGCUCUGGGAAGGAGUUCCAGGCUGCUUUGGGUGGCAACGUCCCCCGGGAGCAGUUCACAGUAGUGAUGUUGACUUACGAGCGGGAGGAAGUGUUGAUGAACUCCCUAGAAAGGCUCAAUGGUCUCCCAUACUUAAAUAAAGUUGUGGUAGUGUGGAACUCUCCCAAGCUUCCCUCUGAGGAUCUCUUGUGGCCAGACAUUGGUGUCCCAAUCAUGGUUGUCCGCACAGAGAAGAACAGCCUGAACAACCGGUUCCUGCCGUGGGAUGAGAUCGAAACGGAGGCCAUCCUGUCCAUUGAUGACGAUGCUCACCUUCGCCAUGACGAGAUCAUGUUUGGGUUCCGUGUCUGGAGAGAGGCAAGGGACCGCAUCGUUGGCUUCCCAGGGCGCUACCACGCAUGGGACAUCCCCCAUCAGUCCUGGCUCUACAACUCCAACUACUCUUGCGAGCUCUCUAUGGUGCUCACUGGUGCUGCCUUCUUCCAUAAGUACUACGCCUACCUGUACUCCUACGUGAUGCCGCAGGCCAUCCGCGACAUGGUGGACGAAUACAUCAACUGCGAGGACAUCGCCAUGAACUUCCUGGUCUCUCACCUGACAAGAAAACCUCCCAUAAAGGUGACUUCCCGCUGGACUUUCCGCUGCCCCGGGUGCCCUCAGGCGCUUUCGCACGACGACUCGCACUUCCAUGAGCGACACAAGUGCAUCAACUUCUUCGUCAAGGUGUACGGGUACAUGCCCCUGCUGUACACCCAGUUCCGCGUGGACUCGGUCCUCUUCAAGACCCGCCUGCCCCACGACAAGACAAAAUGCUUCAAGUUCAUCUAGCGGCGGGAGGCAGCCGGGCGCUCCCGGCUCUCCGAGCUCCGGCCGAGGCGGGUGAGGGCACAGGGUGGCUUUUCUGAUGGGGCUGUGAGUGCAAAACGCCUUUUGCUAUUGACUCCGGCCUCCCUCCCACAGAGCAAAAGGGACGUCCUGGAUUUGGAUGGGCACGUUUCCCCCUCCUUUCCCGCUCUGCCCAUGGCGACUUGACCGAGCGACAGGGAACAGGAUCUCACGGCUUCUGUAAAGACACUCCCUAGGAUCGUACACUGAGGAAUGGCACGUUGGCUGGUGGCUCUGCCCCUUCGCUCGCCAAGGGCAACCAUUCUUUUAAUUAUAAUUAUUGUUAUUUAAAAUGAAAGUGGUUUAGAUUUGCCACGUGAGGGUUUUCUUUUUUUUUUUUAAUCCUUUUCUUUUUCCCCCAUUCCCCACCCUCUUUUCCCCUCCGGACCUGUCUGUCCGCUUGAGGGGGGACUGUAGCAAAGCCAGGUUGGAGGUGUUUUACUGCAGAGAGGUUAUUCCAACAUCAAGGCAGCUCCAGACAUUCCAACAUCAAGGCAGCUCUGGUCACCACCAUUGUCCCCAUCCUUUCUCCUGUGGGGCAGCCCUUCUCCUCCCCUCUUGCACACCGUGUCCUGGCUUGUCUUGCCCUGUGGCUACUACUGAGGACUUUCAGGUGUCAGCUGCUGGUGAUGAGCUCUGUGCUCUGCUCUGCUCAUCACCCUCAGCCCUGCCCUCGGAGAGGGGUGAGCAGGGACAGGGUUGUCCUUGCAGGGUCCUUCCCUGGCUCCCAGCUCCGCACUGGGCCCCGGGCCGCAGCCCCAAGGGAGUUCGGUUGCUUCAGUCUCAGUUCUCAGUGUCCUUUCCUGCCCCAUGCGGCACACGGGCAGGCACUGCUAAACCUCUGGAGACAGGGAGUGUGGCUGGGAUUUAGGAGUGGUCCAUCUGCAGCACAGUGCGGGCUGGCAGUGCCCCAGGCUCAUGAAUUCCGGCGGGCUGCCUUGGCCUGUGGUUUUCUACAGCUACUGCAGCACUGAAGGCAGCAGUGGAGAGUCCUGGGAUCUGCCCUGGUCUUUCCAUUAGCGCUUUGGGACUUUUCCUCUUGCCUUUCAGGGCCUCGUUCACUGGCCCUGGAGAGCUGCUCCAGUAGCACCCUGAGAUCGGCUACACGAGCCUUUGCUGAUAAAAUAAAUCUCUUUCCCAAAGCAUCCGAGCGUGGACACGGUCUCCUGAGCGCCGGCUCUUCAUGGUGCCUGCUGGGGGAGCAGGCACUAGUGCAGCUUUGGUGCCAGUGCGAUGGGUGUCGGGGUCUCAGGGCCUUCUCUUGAGAUCGAAUCACAUUUUGCAGGGUGGAAGAAGGAGAAGACACCAACCCUAAUCUGUGCGCAGCCAAGCAGAGCUGAAGUGAGGCGCCUGCCUGCCCAGAGCUGGGGCUGCACCAUGGGCUGGGGUCUCUGCUCUGCCUCAUCUCUUAUCCCCCAUCCUGGAGCAAAACUUGCCCACGUUGGGUUUGCCCGCGGGCCUCAGCAUAACUGCCUUAAACCCCAUCCUGCCCUCCCCAAGGUUAACCCCAGCCAGAGCUUUCCUUCACGGGAGCUGGGAGGUGCCGCUGGGAUCGUGCUCAAGGGCUCUUCUCGGCUUGUCCCUUCUUGUGCGAUGUUCUCCCUCAGUGCAUCCCAGAUGCUUAAGAGCAGCCUGGAGAAGCUCUGGCUGGUUUGGGGGGAAGGUGAAACAUGUGAUUCACCUCAAUGUCCCUGGUUUUCCAUGCCCCGUGCAGCUCAGCAUCCCCGCGCCCUGCAGCAGCAGGAUGUUACCGUGGUUGUGUCUCUGGUGUGUCCUGGAACGGGAGCAGGGAGGGUCCAUCAGCCUCUCCCGCAGCCUGCCCCGUGGUUUGGGGGGUGAAGUGGCCUCUCCAGCCAUGUCUCACCCACUUUUUCAUGUCAGCCCCAUGGGUGGGGAGCACCAGCAUUUGCUCCUUGGUAAGGGGAAGGGAAGGGGCAGCCUGUCCCCAGCAGAGCCACCGGCUACUGCCUUCACCAGCACUACAGACUGCAGCGAAAUACGGAUCAUGGCAUCUUUUUCCUUCUGGGUGGUUUUUUUUUCCUUUCCACUCUCUUGUUUUAACAUCAGGUUCUCAAAAUGGAGCACAGGAAAGCUCAGAGUCUUAAAAAUGUGACUGGAGGCUCCUGCAAGGCCCCAGAACACCUGGAAGGAUGUUUUCUACUCAGAGUGGAAACAUGGCACCCGGCACCAGCCUCAGCAUCGCUGAGGGGCCUGACCCUGCUCUGCUGCUGGCUUUAAUUCUCCCCUCAUUAGUGGGUGGUUCGUUAGCAGCGAUGCAGUCGCUCACACACAGCAAAGGUCCCUGUGUCAGCCAAGGGUGGAGGCAGCUCUGCCUUUCCCAGCGCCCUGCCCGCACAGCUGGAGUCCCACAGGAGCGAUGCCGGCAUGGAUUGCACUUUAUAGAAAUAGAGCCACUUCUCCGCAGCUUAUCGUCAAAAAUCUUGAGGGAAAUUAUAUUAUUCUGCUGAGACACUGCAGCACAGGGAGCUUGGAAAAGGUGGGAGCGAUGAGGAAUAUUGGCAUUGCCAUUUGCAUCAUGGGGACUUGGGAGUCACUGAGCCGCAUUGCUUUGGCAGCAAGCCCGAGGUUGGGGGUUUCUUCUUCCCGUUGGUGUGUUUCAGUUCAAGGCCAGUGGAGAUGUAGAGCUCAGCGGUGGAAAUCCAGAUCGUUCUUCCUGCACUCACCUCUUGCCCAGAGGGUUUGGUUUUUGGAGGAUCCCUGGUGCUGCAGUAGCCAGGGUCAGGCUUGGAGCACUGUGGGUGACUGGGGAGAGGCUGCGUGUCGGGAUCAUGGUGCAUGUCAUGGGAUGGUUUCCUCCUCGUGAGGCCCCCUGAAGGGAAGGGAUUUGGUGGUGAAGGGGUGCUGUGCGUCACGGGUGGCAGCUGCACGGGGGGGACAUGCAGGGCAGCAGCAGUGUUGCAGGAGAUGGAGUCCCAUAAAGCCAGCGAGAGCAUCUCCUUGUCCACGUGCAGGGCUGGUGCUGCCCCUCCCAACCCGCUGCUGCUGGGGCUCUUUCCCAGAUCUCCCCAAAUCACUUGUGAUUCAGACCCCAGCUCUCUGCUCCUGAGACACCCCAGGAUCCGAGCUGUCCUUGGGCUUUCUUCCACCACCAGGGAGGAGAAGGGCAUUUCUGGAGAGCACUCCUGAUGUGCCACCAUCCCUAUCCUCCUCUGCAACCCGUCGCUCUCCUGUGAUUCCCAGGGGGUCCCAGGAUAACUCUGAAGCUCAGGUCAGGUUGUACAGCUCAUCCCAGCUCCAGCACAGAGCAGCCCAGGACACGCGGUCUCUGCCAACCCAGCCCCAAGGAGCCAGGAAGGCUUCUCGGUGGCUGCACCUUUCCCAAGGGAAAGGCCUUUUCCCUUUUCCCGUGUUUCUGCUGCUUGUCCCAGGGCCAGGGCUUGCAGGUGGCGGGUGCCAGGUGCGGAGCGAGGUUUUUUGUCACAUUCACUGUAAAUAGCAUCGUCUGCGGUGACACGGAGCCCCCGGGCCCCGCUGGUGUCGCACAGCCCCUAUCCCCUUCGCGCCGUGGUCGUGAACCUGCUCCGUGAGCACCGGGUUUGAAAUGAAACCAACAAAAACCGAGAGGAAAGAAACACUCCAUCAACACGAGCACAAUGUCGAGUUUUUUGUAAAGGGAUCCAAUAAAUGGAGAGUUUAACUUGA